CCCACAAUGGAGAAUGUUUCUGUUGUCUCAGAGUUCACUCUCUCUGGAUUAGAUGGAACAAUGGAAAACAGAUACAUGCUUUUUUUUUGGACAGCACUUUGUUAUUAUCUAAUCUUAUUAUGUAACAUCACUGUCAUUUUGUCCAUCGCCUCAGAUAAGGGGCUUCAUGAGCCUAUGUACAUAUUUUUGUGUAAUUUGUGUAUAAAUUCACUCUAUGGCACUGCUGGUUUCUACCCUAAAUUCAUGUAUGACAUAUUGUGCCCAUUUCAUGUGAUUUCAUAUGCAGGAUGUUUGAUUCAGAUAUUUGUCAUCUAUUCAUCUGUUUUGUGUGACUUCUCAACUUUAACAGUGAUGGCAUAUGACAGAUAUGUGGCAAUAUGUCGACCACUAGAGUACCACUCAGAAAUGACAAAUCAAAAAGUUAUAAAAUGCAUCCUUUUUAGUUGGCUUGCGCCCUUUUUUUGCAUAGCUGUUAUAGUCUUGCUGUUAUCAAGACUAACACUGUGUGGCUCAAUGAUUGGAAAAUUAUACUGCGAAACUUGGGCUGUGGCUAAACUGGCCUGUUACUCUACAGUAGUGAAUAAUGUGGUUGGACAAGUAGUUAUCAGUAUAUAUUUUGGACAUGCAUUAUUGAUUUUUUGCUCAUAUCUGAAACUGAUUCAAACAUGCAGGAAGUCAAGAGAGGGGAGAUACAGAUUCAUGCAGACUUGUACACCACAUCUGCUCGCAUUGUUCAAUGUUACUAUUGCAUUGUUGUUUGAUGUGUUUUACAGUAGAUAUGGUUCAAGCUCUUUACCACAAGGUAUACGAAAUUUCUUGGCAUUGGAGUUCCUAUUUAUACCUCCCAUUUUAAACCCUCUUAUUUAUGGACUACAGCUGACCAAAAUUCGUAAACGAGUUAUUAAAUUGUACCUCAGAAACAAUAUGAGUGCUGCCUAG